AUGGCAAGCACCGUGGCCUUCGUGGCGCCCGCCCUGCAAGAAGGGGCAGUGGCCAGGCAGAUCCACACAGCACCCGCCUCUCCGAACCCCAAGACUUCUGGCGCUGGCUAUGCUGGCCCCGCUGUGGCCUCGAUCGCUGUGGCCCUGGCUGCGCGUACGGUGGGCCGCCAGCGCCGUCGCACCUCGGCCCGAAAGCAGGUGGCCCUGCGUGCUUCCACCUUGGACCAGUUGAAGCAGGUGGGCGGCAAGGAGGGUUCCAUCCCUCUGAGCAAGUAUCGCAACAUCGGCAUCAUGGCCCAUAUCGAUGCCGGAAAGACGACGACGACAGAGCGCAUCCUGUACUACACUGGCCGCGAGAAAAACAUCGGAGAGGUCCAUGAAGGGCAGGCCACCAUGGAUUGGAUGGAGCAGGAGCAGGAGCGAGGAAUCACCAUCACCAGCGCAGCAACAACGGCUUUCUGGGAUGGCCACAGGAUCAACAUCGUGGACACGCCAGGUCACGUGGACUUCACGCUGGAGGUGGAACGAUCUCUCCGAGUACUAGAUGGUGCCGUGGCUGUUUUCGAUGGCGUUGCAGGUGUCGAGCCCCAGAGUGAAACCGUGUGGCGCCAAGCCGACAAGUACAAGGUGCCCCGCAUGUGCUUCGUGAACAAGAUGGACCGCGAGGGCGCAGACUUCUACAAGGAUGUGCAGAUGAUGGUGGACCAGCUUGGCACGAAUCCCGUUCCCAUCCAGCUUCCGAUCGGGAAGGGCUCCUCCUUCAAGGGUGUCUUUGAUUUGGUGACGAUGAAAACAUUGAUUUGGACUGGUGAGGAGCUGGGUGCGAAGUAUGAUGUGAAGGAUGAGAUCCCCGAGGGCAUGGAGGAGGAAGUUGCUAAAUGGCGCGAGAACCUCAUCGAGAAGGCCGUGGAGCAGGAUGAAGAGGUUCUGGAGGCCUACUUGGAGUCUGGUGAGGCGCCAUCUCUGGAGGACCUCAAGAAGUGCAUCCGUAUUGGAACGCUGGCAUUCAGCUUAGUUCCCGUGCUUUGCGGGACGGCCUUCAAGAACAAGGGUGUGCAGCCUUUGCUGGACGCCGUGUGCGACUACCUGCCAUCGCCCGUCGAUCUGCCGCCCACCAAGGGCAAGAACCCCAAGAAUGAGGAGGAGGAGAUCGAGCGCAAGAACGAGCCAGAUGAGAAGCUUUCCGGCUUGGCCUUCAAGGUGGCCGCAGAUCCUUACAUCGGCACCUUGACCUUCUACCGACUCUAUUCUGGCAAGGUGAAGAGUGGCGAGAUGGUUUGGAAUCCAAGGACCAAGUCCAAGGAGCGCAUGGGCCGAAUGGUUCUCAUGCACUCAAACAAACGCGAGGAGAUCAAGGAGGCCCAGGCAGGCGACAUUAUCGCCAUUGUGGGCUUGAAGGACACCACCACGGGUGACACCCUGUGCGCCGUCGACUCUCCCAUCGUGUUGGAGAAGAUGGAGUUCCCAGAGCCUGUUAUCAAGGUCUCCUGCGAGCCGGACUCCCAGAAGGAUGCGGACAAGAUGGGUGAGGCACUUGCCAAGCUGGCAGCAGAGGACCCUUCCUUCCGUUUCAGCCGGGAUGAAGAGUCCAACCAAACGGUCAUCGAGGGCAUGGGCGAGCUUCAUUUGGAGAUCAUCAUUGACCGCCUCAAGAGAGAGUUCAAGGUGGAAGCCAAUAUUGGCAAGCCCCAGGUGGCCUACCGCGAAACCAUCACAGAGCCUGUCGAGCUUUGGUACACCCACAAGAAGCAGACGGGAGGCUCUGGCCAGUAUGCCAAGCUCUGCAUGUCUUUCGAGCCCAACCCUGGAGAGGGCUUUGAGUUCUCCAACGAAAUUAUCGGCGGCACCGUUCCAAAGGAGUACGUGCCCGCAGUGGUCAAGGGCACCGAGGGCGAGCUCUUGAACGGCAUCCGCAUGGGCUUCCCAGUCGUUGACGUCAAAGCUAGGCUCAAGGAUGGUGGAUUCCACCCGGUUGACUCCUCCGCCAUUGCUUUCGAGAUUGCAGCCCGGGCAUGCUUCAAGGAGGGCGCCGGCCAGGCGAAGCCCAUUGUCAUGGAGCCGAUUAUGAAGGUCGAGGUCAUCACCCCCGAGGAAUACAUGGGAAACAUCAUCGGAGAUCUGAACAGCCGUCGAGGCAUCAUCCAGAACCUUGCAACCCGUGGCAACCUCCACGUUGUGAAUGCAAGUGUGCCCCUGGCCGAGAUGUUCAGCUACAUCGCUGAGCUGCGCAACUUGUCCAAAGGCAGGGCCAACUACGCCAUGGAGUUCGAGAAGUACGAGCCCGUGCCCGAGAACGUGGCGGAGUCCAUUGAGGGCAAGAGCUGA